GGGCUUAAGAGGAAACACAGCCUGCUUUUAAGUUUUUAACGCAGAUACUAACAACAAGUAACGAUACGUCCUUGGGAUUCCGUCACGGCACGUCGAGGGAAGAAGAUUCCGCCGUUAGAGUUGCAAAAACGAAAAUAAAAGAGAAAAUUUAGGGUAUUUAUGUAAUUACGCAAUGGUAUACGUAUUAAAGUUUGAUGUUUGUGUGACUCCCUUGUAACUGCAGUGUUCCUAAAGUCGGCUUCAAAUAUUAUACCCCCUCUCUCUCUAGAAUUUUUUCAUCGAGGCCUGUUAAAUUUUUUUGGGGAUUAUUCUUUUUAGUCUCCGGCGAAUUUUCUAGAGUGAUCGCCGGUAAAUGCGGAUUGUUCCGGCGGCCGAGCUGCGUGGCUGCUAGACCCUGUAGCCUAGGAUUUCCGUUGAGGUUUGAGGAGUUUGAUGAGACAAAAUGCGUGGGGCUUUGUCGUGGGAGGAGUCAAACGGCGUCACGAAGACGGUGAAGAAUAAGAAGCUUGAAGCAGAGGAGGAGGAGGAGGAGGAAGACGAAGCCGGAGGAGAUCUGGUGUUCUCUCCAGUUCCGGUUCCGAUGGUUCGUUCCCGAUCUCAAGCCGGGAACCGGCGCGUGGCUCCCACGUACGUCGGCGAUGCGAAAGGGGAGGUCGAGAAGAAGCUGCCGAAUGGUGAUCUGUACGCCGGGGGCUUCUCCGGCGGUGUUCCUCACGGAUCCGGGAAGUAUCUGUGGAAGGAUGGGUGUAUGUAUGAAGGGGAGUGGAAGCGCGGUAAAGCUUCGGGUAAAGGGAAGUUCUCGUGGCCGAGUGGGGCGACGUUCGUCGGAGAGUUCAGGUCGGGGAGGAUGGAAGGGUUCGGGACUUUUGUCGGCGUCGACGGCGAUACCUACCGCGGCGCGUGGGUCGCGGACAGGAAGCAUGGGUAUGGUCAGAAGCGGUAUGCCAAUGGGGAUUUCUAUGAGGGGACAUGGCGGAGGAAUCUACAGGACGGUCGUGGCCGCUACGUGUGGCGGAACGGGACCGAGUACGUCGGUGAGUGGAAGAACGGCGUUAUCUCCGGCAAAGGAGUUCUGAUUUGGGCGAAUGGGAACAAGUACGAGGGUCAGUGGGAGAAUGGAAUCCCCAAAGGAAACGGAGUUAUCAUGUGGGCCGACGGCAGCAGCUGCGCCGGAAACUGGAACGAAGAGAAAGGGAACAGCAUGAGAAUUCAGCUUCAGCAGCUGAACGGCAAUGGCGGAGGUAAAGGGAAUUUGUUGAAAAGGAUAGAUAAGAACGAUUUGAUAGUGACGACGCGGAAGAGAUCGUCUGUUGAUAUAGGGAGAGGAAGUUUGGGAGGGGAGAGGAUUUUCCCGAAGAUUUGCAUAUGGGAAUCUGACGGCGAAGCUGGGGAUAUUACUUGUGAUAUCAUCGAUAACGCCGAAGCCGCCAUGAUUUAUGGAGAAGGAAUUGUGGCGGACCGGUAUGGGUUCCGCCAGUUCCGGCGAAACCCCUGCUGUUUCGACGGCGACGUUAAGAAACCUGGUCAGACAAUAUCCAAAGGGCAUAAGAAUUAUGAUCUAAUGCUUAAUUUGCAAUUGGGUAUCAGGUAUUCUGUGGGGAGGCAUGCUUCAAUCUUGAGGGAGCUUAAGCCCAGCGAUUUCGAUCCCAGAGAGAAGUUCUGGACUCGGUUUCCACCCGAGGGAUCGAAGAAUACACCGCCUCAUCAGUCGGUGGAGUUUCGCUGGAAAGAUUAUUGUCCCGUGGUGUUUAGGCAUUUGAGGGAGCUCUUCCAGGUCGACCCUGCUGACUACAUGUUGGCUAUAUGCGGAAAUGAUGCUCUUAGAGAGCUUUCUUCCCCGGGAAAGAAUCUUGCUUCCCCGGGAAAGAGUGGAAGCGUCUUUUAUCUCACUCAAGAUGAUAGAUUUAUCAUAAAGACAGUGAAGAAAGCUGAAGUCAAGGUGCUUAUCAAAAUGCUCCCAAGCUAUCACCGACAUGUUUCUCAGUAUGAAAAUUCUCUCUUGACGAAAUUCUAUGGCGUGCAUUGUAUCAAACCUGUUGGCGGGCAGAAAACUCGGUUUAUCGUCAUGGGCAAUUUGUUCUGCUCGGAUUACAGAAUCCACAGGCGUUUUGACCUGAAAGGGUCCUCACAUGGGCGGUCUGCAGAAGAUUCCAAGGGAGAAAUUGAUGAAAACACAAUACUCAAAGACUUGGAUCUCAAUUUUGUGUUUCGCCUAGACAGAAACCGGUUCCAAGACUUCAUCAAGCAAAUUGGCCGAGAUUGUGAAUUCUUGGAGUCUGAAAGAAUAAUGGAUUACAGUCUCCUGGUUGGUAUCCACUUUCGUGAGGAUAAAACGGGAGAAAAGUUUGGGUUAUCACCUUUUAUUCUACGCUCUGGGAACAAAGAUUCAUUCCAGCACGAGAAAUUCAUGCGUGGGUGCCGUUUCUUAGAGGCCGAGCUACAAGAUAUGGAUCGCAAACUCUCUGGCCAGAGACCAUUGAUAAGAUUAGGAGCGAAUAUGCCGGCUAGAGCAGAGCGGAUGGCUAGAAGAAGCGACUUUGACCUCUACACAUUGGGAAAUGUCAACAACUUGAUGACCAGUUCGCGCAACCGUGAGGUCUAUGAAGUAGUUCUUUACUUCGGGAUCAUAGAUAUCUUGCAGGAUUAUGACAUAACCAAGAGGAUUGAACAUGCCUACAAAUCUUUGCAAGCCGACCCUUCUUCAAUCUCAGCUGUUGAUCCUAAACUCUACUCAAAGAGAUUCCGUGAUUUCAUCGGCCGAAUCUUCAAAGAAGAUACCUAGCUGACCAAUGUGACACGAUGCGACCACGCUGCCUUAAGCUCGCUGGCCGGCACAGAUCCACGCCAGUGAUAUUGGCCCCUUGUGAAAAGGGUUCAUUCCUAGACAAACCACGCUCCAGGUUUGGUCGGACCAAAAGGGUAAAUCUGGAACUUCCGAAGAGCUUGGUCCCUGACAAGAAUCUUCUAUUUUUGUAUUGAGGUAAGUCAUGUCUUGUGUUUCUCUUGUCUUCUUGGGUAAGAAUUAUAUCAUGAAGGAAGAUUGCAGGGAUUUGGAAGAGGGAAAUGUUGGUUUAGGAGAGAGGGGGCUUUAAGUGUGUGCUUUCCCCCCCAAGAAGAAAUUGUAAUAAGAGUGUACAGUUUAUAGAGCAAUGGAUUAUGGAAUUGGUUGGUUCUUGAUGAUUUAACGGAGAUCCAUAGAAUCAUAUUGUAUUA